AUGCCAUCGGCUGGCGUUCGAGAAUCCCGCAAGACACAGCAUGCCAAGGCCGCGUCCAAGCUGCCAGAACAAUCCGCCUCAUCUGGAUCCUCAAGUCCAAUAGGGUUGGACAAUACUGGUUCGAAUGUCCUCGGUGAAAGCACAUCUUUGUCGCUGGCUGGACAUGCGCUUCCACCGCCGAAAGCCGUAGCGAAGACUUUGGCCCAGUUCAAGCAAGUCCGCCGGCUCGAUGUGUCGGACAUCCAAGUGUCUGAAUCCUGGCCUGACGGUCUACGCGAUUUGGACUGGCUUGUGAAGGCCGUGCGCCAUAGCCAAAAAGCACGCCGAGACGAACAAGCUCUUGACGAGCGGCUCACAUGGCUCAAUGUCUCGAAGAACCCAGCACUCGGCCAACAAUCCGAUCCAUUGCAAGGUAUCGAGGUAUUGGCCUCACUUUUUGGUACGUGA